AACUGAACGAGAGCUACACACGGGCGCACAAUCCCAACCUCGGGGCUGGCGGGGAGAACCCUCCCCCUCCUUCUCGUCUGAUAAUUUUUUGACCUUCUUUUUAUGCCCCUCCUUUCCCGCCUCAUCUUGGACCAAAUAUAAUCUUCGCUCCCUGAAUCCGUCGUUGAUUACCGGUAUUCGGAUCACAACCCGCGACCGCUAUUCCUGUAACGCCGAUAUAAUCGACAACUUCUUGACGACUCGCUCGGAAUCUUCAGAAAUCCCUUGCGCCGUCGCGCACCACCCGCCACCAUGUCGAGCGACGACAACACCGACUGGGCCGGAGCCUACCCUGGCUUUCACGACACCUUUAACAUGAUUGAACGUAUCUGCUCGGUUUUCUCCCUGCUCGGCUGUAUCUUCAUCAUCUCGACCUUCUGCCUCUCCGAGAGGUUUCAGAAACCUAUCAACCGCUUGUGCUUCUUCGCUACCUUCGGUAACCUUGCGACCAACGUUGCAACGCUGAUGGGACGAGAUUUUGUCGAGAGCCCGCAUGGAGCGGGCUGUCAGUUCCAGGCGUUCCUGAUCCAGAUGUUCAUGCCGGCGGACGCGUUCUGGGUAUUGGCGAUGGCUGUCAACGUCUACUUGAUCUUUGAGCGCCAGUACGACGCCCAGAAGCUGAGGGCAAUGGAGAAGUUUUACUUCCUAGGCUGCUACGGCCUGACAUUCAUCGUCGCUUUGGCGUACAUCUUCAUCCAGACACCUACUAAGGGCAAGAUGUACGGGGAUGCGACACUGUGGUGCUGGAUUAGUCCAAAGUGGGAUAUCUUCCGUAUUGCAACCUUCUAUGGACCUGUCUGGGUUUCCAUUGGUUUCACCUUCUUCAUCUACAUCCGAGCCGGACGAGACAUCUACAAGAAUCACCGACAGAUCAAGAAGUUCAACAUCAGCAGCUCUCUCGGCGGUCCUGUUGACGAUACUCUGGUCUCUCGCAAGGUCACCGAGGUCUGUGUCACUCACGAGAUGGCCAACGAAAUUGGACUCGUGGACCUGGAAAGGAACAACCGCGCUCAAGGACGCUCCAAUGACUCGGCACCUCCUAGGGCACCUCCUAACGCCUACUCCGUUACUAUUUCGGCAGAUAAGCAGAGACUCCCAGAGACUGACGACGGCGAAAAUUUGGCACGCGCUACCACUUUGACUGGGACUGGGGGGCUGUCUGGAUCACACAAUACAGCUUCGCGGGCACAGUCUCGGCAGAACAGCGCAAUGUGGCAAUAUUCCAAAUGCGCACUGUUCUUCUUCACGGCAUUGUUGGUCACAUGGAUACCCUCGAGUUGCAACCGUGUCUACUCAGCGGUUCACCAUAACCAAACAGUGAAGGUCCUGGAGUACAUGAGUGCUGGUGUCUUGCCGUUGCAGGGGUUCUGGAAUGCCGUUAUUUAUGCAGUCACUUCUUGGAAGGCAUGUCAGAGAUUCUUUGGCGAUGAUGUGAAGGAGUGGUUCUCAAGGGACACGGAUUCCGGAAACAGGCUGCGUCGAGAAGGUGGUCAUCACCGAAGCACCUCAAGGGCGAUAAUUGGGCAAGCUGCCAGUGUUAAGCCUAACCCGUUCCAUAAGAUAGGCGGUCGAACGGACCAUCCGAGUUCAGAAACGGAGAGCAUGGAGGAGUUGGCGAACUCGUACGGGGUGGGGAACGACAGCAUUUCCAAAGAUGCGAGAUAAUCUGGGUGGUCGUUGGGAAUCAUGUUUUUUUUCUUCUGGGUAUUUGUUCACCCCAAGCAAGCGAUCAUGUGCUUUAUGGUUUACGGUCCAUCAUGACAGACAUAAUGGCAGUAUUAGUUUUCUUUGUAAAUAUUCACGAUUUAUUUUGUCAGGCAUUUUCUUCGUCAGCGUCUCUGGUGUUUUUUUUGUCUUGAUACCCAAUUUCACACAAAAGCUCAUGUUUCUCAGGUUACCUAUGGGCGUGUCUGGUUACUUAGAUCUAGGUAUAUGAUAUGCUACGCU